AUGACUGAAACAACAGGUUACUCGGGGAGUGGGCUUGUCCUUGUUAAAAACCCACAUCUGGACCUGAUGGAGGAGGAUGUCCUGUACCACUUGGACUUGGGAACGAAGACGCACAACCUGCCAGCAAUGUUUGGGGACAUAAAGUUUGUCUGCGUCGGCGGCAGCCCCAACAGGAUGCGGGCGUUUGCGCAGUUCAUGCAGCGGGAGCUGGGGCUGGCGGCUGCCGGCGAGGACGUGGCUGACAUCUGCGCGGGGUCGGACCGCUACGCCAUGUACCGGGCAGGGCCCGUGCUCUCCAUCAGCCAUGGAAUGGGCAUCCCUUCCAUUUCCAUUAUGCUUCAUGAGCUGAUCAAACUGCUGCACCACGCAAAAUGCCGGGACGUUACUAUCAUACGCAUCGGUACUUCUGGGGGCUUAGGGAUCGAGGCUGGGUCUGUUGUGAUCACUGACAUGGCUGUGGACUCCUCCUUCCAGCCGCGUUUUGAGCAGGUGGUGCUGGACGAUGUGGUGGUGCGGAGCACCGAGCUGGACAAGGACCUUGCGGAGGAGCUGCUCGCCUGCAGCCGGGACAUUCCCGACUUCCCCACGCUCAUUGGCCACACCAUGUGCACCUACGACUUCUACGAAGGUCAGGGGAGAUUAGAUGGUGCAUUAUGCUCUUUUUCCAGUGAAAAAAAGUUGGAGUACUUAAGGAGGGCUUAUGAGGCCGGUGUGAGGAAUAUUGAGAUGGAGUCCAGUGCAUUCGCUGCCCUGUGUGGACUGUGUGGCCUCAAAGCCGCUGUCGUGUGCGUGACGCUCCUGGACCGGCUGCAGGGCGACCAGAUCCGGGCGUCCCACGAGGUGCUGUGGGAGUACCAGCAGCGGCCGCAGCGCCUGAUCGCCGCCUUCAUCCGCAAGCGCCUGGGGCUCACCCGCACGGACUGA